AUGGCCACAUUCAACUCGAUGCCGGCCAUGACAGCCGCUGCGGCCAGCGAGACCAUGGCCAUGGCCAACGGCUCCAGUCAGCACAUGGCCAUGGAGCAUUUUGACCACGCUCUCAAUUUCGACGAGGCCCUGCUAGACGGCGGCGCGCUUGCCCCUCUCCCCUUCACGCCCGCCUACGACUUUGAAAGCUUUGCGACGACGUUUGAAGAUCCCUUUUCCUACUCGGCCCGCGCUUUUGAACCCACCCCGAACCCGGACCCCCUCCACGAGCCGUCCUCGCCCCAGGAGCUGGACAAUAAACUCCUCGGCUUCUCGGACCCCAUCCGCAACUUCAACGUCGUCAACGACGCCGGCAACAUUGCCGAUCUGCACCUGAGCGCCGAGCUCUACGGCAUGUUCUUCGUGGCCGAGGACGUCUUUGGCGGAGACAGCACGGGGCGGCCCCUGGAGCUGACGUGCUAUCGUCGCAAUCUUUGGCAGUGCUCGGGCCAAAUCACCUUGCCCCGUACCGUGUCGCAUCUCAUCGACGAGCAGGGCCGGCAGUUUCCAACCUUCGAGCUGUCCGCUUCCAUCUCGGCCCUCGAGAGCAUCGAGGGCAAGGCGACGGAAAUCAUCUCGAUCCCCUGGAAGAGCUCCAACCCACCGCCCAAUGAAGAGAGCAAGGUGGCUGCCGCACCGCCGUAUAUCCCCCUCGACCUCGGUACCGCCCCGGAGCUGGACGCCACCCGCGUCUCUGUGCCCGUUUCCUGGAAGCGCCUACAGUUCAAGCACGCCACCGCCAACAACGGCCGGAGAAAGGGCUUGCAACAGAAUUAUGUGGUGCAGAUUAACCUGCUCGGCAAGGUGAAGUCGGGCGAGACGGUCAAGAUCGCUGAGAUCCAAUCGGGGCCCGUCAUUGUCCGCGGCCGCAGCCCGCGCAACUUUGACAGCAGGAGAGACGUCCAUCUAACGGGCGAGAAGAGGAUGGAGCGCAAGAACACGGUUGGGCCUGAUGGCACGACCAUCAAAACGGAGCGAGAGAGUCUGCAAGCACCAACGCAGAGGCUCCAAGGUCCAGGGAAUGUCUCGACGCCUACUGCUGAGUGGGCAAGCCACCAGGCAGUGCCGCAGCCAAGCCAAAGCCCUCGCCCGGCCAAGAGAAUGGCCGUUUCACCAAACGUCGCAAGGCCACCGGUCCCGCCCUGGUCAGCGGACACCAACCCUGGUGCCAACCGGCACAGCACGGCAGUGCCUAUCAACCUCUCCCUAUCCGAGGAUGAAAAGAGCCCUAAUCGCUCAAGCGCGGAGCUGCAGAGUCCUCAACUAGGCAAAGCAUUGCCGGCGGCGGGCCAAAACACCGGGAACAGCCCUGCCGACGAUCCCGACCCCCUAUACGAAUACUUUCCUCUUACAGUCGACGACUGGAUGCCUCCCGUCGAUGCAGUCUACAGACCGCAUGUUGUUCACCACACCAUUGUGCCGCCCGAGAUCAAGGCGCAGCAGGUUCGCAGCAAGACCAAGCGGUACUUCGCGGCCGAGUGA